AUGACUCUCCUCCAGUUCCUCCGACACGCUCGUCAGGCUCACCUCCAAUUUCUGGCCGGAGUCCUGUCCGAAUCACCCGUCUACGUUCUGGGGAAUCCUUCAGCGGACUUGGACUCGAUCAUUUCCGCCAUCGUCUACUCCUACUGUGCCCACAAUCGCCUCCCCUCAGCCUCUCCCCGACCACACAUUCCCCUUCUCAACCUCGCCCAGGUACCAUCCGGCCCUGAACUCUACCGCCUGCGACCCGAAUUCGUCACCGCGCUAUGGCUCUCGACCAGUUGUCCAUCUCUCUCCUCCAAGGAGUCUUUUGAGAACUCAUCCGAGUCCGCAGGAAAACUGCUGAGCGAGCAUCUCGUCACGGUCGCAGACUUUGCGCAGGUUCUCAGAGAACAGCCCGACCGCAAGACUCCAUUGCUAGCUGAUGCCGUCCUGGUGGACUGGAAUGCCGUACCGGAACAAGCGCAAGGGAAGCCGGGAUACGGCUCGCACUUUGUUCCCAGCGCCGAGAUCGAUCAGACCGAGUACCCCUGCGUCAUUCAGCCCGGGCCGGGAUCUUGCUCAUCUUUGAUCACGAGCGAGGUGCGGAAUCGCGGGCUGUGGAGCGGAAGCAGAGGCGAUCAGGACGGAGUCUCGGUGGCGGAAUGGGCGCAGAUCGCCAAGCUUACGCUGGCCCCUAUUUUGAUCGACACGUCCAAUUUGACCGCAGCAGGUAAAGUCCAGGAUGUGGAUGUUCAAUCGGUAGAUUUCCUGCGGGACAUGGUGUCACGGUCCCGGAUGGGUGGUGAGGGUGGCGGUGAUCGCACUAGGGCUGAAUGGGACCUGGUGUCUUUCUACGAACAGAUUCAAAAAGCCAAGCAAGAAAGUCUGAACCUGUUGACCCCUGCGGAGAUUCUGGACCGCGAUUACAAAGAGUGGUCAGAGACAACCCAAUCUUCCAAGACGACAGUGAAGCUGGGCUUUUGCUCCUCUGUCAAGCCCCUGCGAUGGAUUAUCCAGAAGGCGGGCGGUGCCCAGCAAUUCUUGGACGUGGUUCGUCAAUUCGCGCAGCUUGACGAUAAAGAAUUGGACCUGGUCGUUGUCAUGACAUCUUUCACUUCAUCCAAGGGUGAACAUACCCGAGAACUGCUCAUGAGUGCAUCGCAGGAGAAGGGUCUCUCUGUGGAUGGUGCGAAGAAAUUCGUCGAGGAAUCGACCUCUCUCGGUCUGGUGGACUGGACUUCACUUGACGGGGAAGCGGUCGAUCUGGCCGACGAUGAGAUUCGAGAGGUGCUCAAUGGCACCUCCAAUGGGUGGAGGCAGCUGUGGCUGCAGACCAAUGCCACUGCUAGCAGAAAACAAGUGGCGCCCAUGCUACGUGAGGCAGUGGCACGGCUAUGA